AUGGGCUUGUUCUCUUUAUACCCUAGCAUUAUCUCUUUCAUUCUUUCAUUCUUUCUUGGGAUCUUUCUUUUUGUGUUUGUCUUUGUCUGAUUGAGUGUGCCAUCUUCGCGGGUAUUUGACUCUUCGUGCAGUGUGUCGGGUAUAAAUGUCCAGGACGCCCAUCUGUAGAUUAGUCUAUCCCAGUUUAUCCAAUCCCCAUUCAUCCAAUCCACCAGUUAUCAAACAAAAUCCAUCUGUUAAUGAUUAGUUCCAAGGCAAGUGACCACCAUGCCCUUAUUUAUAUAUUCCGACACGGUGUACGACCUCGACCCCUUCUAUCUUCCCCGUCAUGCAGGCUGCUUCCGCAUAUACAUGUUCGUCCCUGUCCCCGGGGAAUAUGCCACCAAGAUCUCACUCCUCCGGGCCACGCUUGAAGCAGUGGAGGCGGGUAAGGGAAUCCCCGCGUUCGGCUUCGAACCCAGAUAUGAAGGAGGGGUCUGGUUCCAGUUCAACGUGACAGAGAAGGAUCUUGAGAAGCCCCGACAGCAGGAGAUAGCGGUUGCCGACCUGGAGACGCGAAUCCAGAGAUUGAGGGAGGGGAUUGAAAGUGGGUACUGAGGUUAAUAGGUAGAAAUUCACCGAAUACAGUCAGCUUA